AUGGCGAAGUUACGAAGCAUUUUCAAGAAACACCUGAUUCCGAACCUGGAGAGCAAGUGUCGCCUGUGCCUUUCGGACCGGGCAAUUGUGCAGUCCAUCUUCCAGUCGGAAAACAGCAAGGAAGCGACCGCUACGUUGGUGGAGAAAAUAUUCGAGUGCACUGCAAUAAUGCUUUCGAAGGACUUCGACUUCCCGUCCCCGAUCUGCGAGGAUUGCGCGCAAAAGCUGGACGAGUUUCUGCUCUUUCGCACCAAAUGCUUGCGCAGCAACGAGAUCUACCGCUUCAAUCGGCUUCACAAGCAACGGAUGCUGUUCUGUCGACCGGUUGGGAGCGAGAAAAAAUCCCCCCCUGAGGCCAAUGUGGUUGAUGGUAAACCGGACACGGAAUCGAGCUCAUCGUCGGAGGAAUUGCGCCCAACGGAAGCUCAGUGUGUCCAGAUGGCGCAAGUCAUCCCCGUAGUAAUCGUCGAAGAAGCUAGUGGUUCAAGUAGUUCCGAGCACCGUACGGUGAUAGACACAGAACAGAUAACCACACGAUCGGAUCGCAUCCUGGAGCCUGAGAUAACGACAUGCUCGGUCUUAAGCAACGGAGCGAAUACUGAGCAAAGCGUACCUGAGGAGCAGUCGGAGAUGGAUUCGGAGUCCAUGCAAAGUAACAACCGAAUGUCACCGUCCACACUUGAGCAGACGGACGAACAGUUGAUCCUUAGGUGGAAACCUCCACUGGAUCCUGAGGAUAGCGAGUGUUCGAGUAUGUUUUCUCCGGCACCGGUUGUAUUCCUCGUCGAUGAGACGGAAACUACAACUAGCGAGGUCGAGGACAUAGAGGAAGUGAUGCUGCUUCCUAGCGAGCAAGCUGAUUCCGCGCGAAAGUCCGAUUUCCCGCUUGAUCCCGUCGGGGAUGUCACGUUUCCGAUCGAAACGGUCGAACAGCUAGAGCAGCUGGAGCAGUUGGUCAGGAGCUCCGACUCUGCUCGAAAUUGCUACAUAAAUACGCUAAGGCGGCUAAAAUCGCACGAUUGCUCGCUCAGCACUACAUAUCAACGGUUGUUCGCGGAUAAGCUGCUGAUCCACUACAACUACGAUGGCAUCUCGCCGAAGUACAACAAACGAUCGCUGAAGUCGUUGCACCUUUUCACGGAAUGUAUGGUUGUGGCCUGGGAAGACCAUAUGGACGCCGGCAAGGUUAAGGAGGCUGUAAUUCAGGCUGUGAGAAAAUCCCAUAACCGUUACAACCAGUUCAACCACCGUAAGCUACGAGUGGUUAUAGCUGAUGAUAACCCAUUGAAGGGUGAUCCAUCGUGGAAGGAUUACCAACUACUGCCAGCUAACGUUCACACACUGGUGCCGUAA